GAAUGGGGAAAUCCAUUCGUACUUCAAAGUUCAAAACUGGUGAACCACUGAACCCUAACCCUCCCGACUUAUCCUUCGUUCCGGCGGUUCCAACGGGGCGAGGGCAUUACAUGAUUCCAUUCCUGCAACCCUCUACUGAGAGGUUGCAAAGUAGGGGUGUGAUUGGCACUGGAAAGAGGUAGACAAGGAAAACUUUUAUUCUUUCUGCAUUCUGAUUUGGUUAAACGAUGUCUUCUUCAGAUGGGGAGGAUGAAGCUGUGCCCCAGUCUGUUGCAAAUUAUCAUUUCGUGGAUGAAAAGGAUGAACCUAUUACAUUUUCUGUUUUGCCUAUUCAUUGGGGUGAUAAUGAAAGCCCAGGAUUUACAAAAAAACAGAUCUUUUUGCAUGGGACCGCUGAUGGGCUUCAGAAAAUCUAUAAGCAGGUUAUAUCAUGGAAGUUUGAACUUUUGGAUGCACAGCCUGAGAUUUCGGUGCUUUCCAAGGAGAAAAAAUGGAUUAAUCUCCAAAAGCCAAGGAAGAGUUUUGAGGAUACAAUCAGGACAAUAUUGAUUACAGUGCAAUGCCUCCAUUUUGUGGGGAAGAAUCCAGAAACAUCUAGCAAAUCCUUGUGGGAACACAUGCGGAAAGAUUUCUGCUCAUAUGAUGUCCUGCCUACUGAAAAUGACCUGUUGGAUAACAUGCAUGUAAUUCGCGCAGCUGUUCAAAGGGACAAAAAAUUGGCACAAUCCAAGUAUCUACUGACAUUUCUUGAGGAGAAGCCCAGGAAGAGGAACUCAGUUGAGGAUGCUCCAUUUGGUUUAGAUGCAAAAAUACGUAAAUUUAUUGUUGAUGAUGAAGAUGUGGAAGGAGAUGAAUCUGAUGAAGAGAAUGACCUCUUUGAUUCCGUUUGUGCCUUUUGUGAUAAUGGUGGUACCAUUUUGUGUUGUGAAGGGAGGUGCUUGAGGUCAUUUCAUGCAACCAGAAAAGAUGGCGCUGAGUCUCAGUGUGAAUCCCUUGGUUUAUCUAAGUUUGAAGUAGAGGCCAUUACAAAUUUCCUCUGUGCGAAUUGUCAAUAUAAACAACACCAAUGUUUUGCAUGUGGAAAGUUGGGUUCUUCUGAUAAAGAUUCUAAUGCUGAGGUCUUCCAUUGUGCAUCCGCAACUUGUGGUCAUUUCUAUCAUCCUCAAUGCGUUGCAGGAUUGCUUCAUCGGGGGAAUGAAGCUAAAGCUCAAGAACUUCAGAAAAAGAUUGCUGCAGGGGAAACAUUUACAUGUCCUGUCCAUAAGUGCCUUGUCUGUAAACAGGGAGAAAAUAAGGAGGAUACUGAUUUGCAGUUUGCAGUAUGUAGACGUUGUCCUAAGGCAUACCACAAGAAAUGCUUGCCCAAGGAGAUUGCUUUUGAAGAUUCGGAGGAUGAGGAUAUCAUACAAAGGGCUUGGGAAGAUCUCCUUCCUAAUCGUAUCUUGAUAUAUUGUUUGGAUCAUGGGAUUGAUGAAGACAUUGGUACUCCAGUGAGAGAUCACAUUCUAUUUCCAGAUGAUGUUGAAAGAAAGAAGAAAAAGCGUCCUUUUGAGUUGCAUUCAGGCAAAGAGAAGAUUAGGACAGAAAAGAGAACUGUAGUUUCUGCUGACUCCAUGAAAAAAAAUGUCGUGAGGACUCCAAAACAACUUGGAAAGGUGCCUUCUACUGUUAGAGAUGGUAGUUCUUUCGAAAAAAAUGUGAAACAACUUUCUGGGCAAGGAUACGAUUCAUCAAAGAAAUCCACAAUAGUUGAUGUCUCUAGGAAACCUUCUCUUAAGUUGAAGACAAAGCCUGUCUUAGUGGCUGUUGACAAGCCUUCUACAGCAGAAGAAAGCAAGUUAAGUUCAAUGUGGAAUAGAGGGUCGGAACCAGUCAAGAGUAAGCAGAUGGAUGUAACAGGUGGUGCACUUGGAAAGUCAAUGGCAGUGAAACCAGUCUUGAAGAAAUCAAGCAGUUUUUCAGUAGAUCCUGAAACAAAGAAAAUUAUACUGGAUUUAAUUCAAAGUACAUCAUCAAUUACCUUAGAGAAGAUCACGUCGAAACACAAAUUGCCUACUACACAUGCGCACUCCUCAAAAAACAUGGUUGACAGGACCAUUACUCAGGGAAAGGUGGAGGGUUCCGUUGAGGCUGCUCGUGCGGCUUUACAGAAGUUGGAAGAAGGAUGGAGCAUUGAUGAUGUGAAGGAACUGUGUGCACCUGAUGUGCUGUAUAAAAUAGUUCAUUGGAAGAAUAAGCUUAGAGUUUAUCUUGCGCCCUUUCUCCACGGCAUGCGUUAUACAUCAUUUGGUCGCCAUUUUACAAAAGUUGACAAGCUUAAGGAGGUAUAUGAGUUGUCCUUUUAUUCAUUGGCAAACUUUUUUUACUAUCUAAUAUGA